CCGAUGAUGUAUGAAACAUGGAAUCCCGGGAAAACAAGCAAGAACAAAAUAUUGGACACAACCAUUUGUGUAGUGACAAAGUCUUAUGUGAUGAAGAACUUUUCAAGCACAGGAAGCCAACAGACAAGACAGUUCCCCAGCGGGGAGGGGAUAAGGAUUUCUCACCGGAUGAUUCCUGGCUCCAGGCCAAAAGACUGGAAAAGUUUUAUGAAGAAAGAAGAGCUGUAUUAGCAGAACCAAGGGUAGAAAGAAUUGGGAGUCUUGUUACUGGGGAAUGGAAUCCACAGUUGCAGCUUGUGGAGCUGCACAAGGAAAUGGGUAAAUUUUGGUCCUGUAUGGGGUUCUCAGACAAAAGCAGGAAAUGGUUGUACCCAGAGGAGGCACUGUUUUUGAUGGAAACGAACACUUUAGAAGUGUGUUAUAAAGGAUUACCUGUCAGUAUUCAACAAGCUUACACAGAAUUCCUGAAAAAUUUCCGAUUUGAGGAGUACCUAGUUUAUGCUCAUCUUAGAAGGAUUGGAUAUGUGGUGCUUCGUCAUCAGGGGAGGUUGUUGAGUACUAAGUAUGAACGGAUGAUUAAGCUGGACAAGCAUAUCAACCUAAAAAAGAGAAAGAAGACUCAGGUUACAGCAACAAAAAAUAAAGAGACAGCAGAUACACCACAGAAAAAAGUCAGACUCUCUGAUAAUGGGGAGUCUUCUGAAGAUUCAAAGACACAACUGAGAGAAAUUCCUAAUACAUGUAAGCCCAUGGAGGACGACGCAUCUGAUUCAGUUGUAGAGUCAGAUGACCUGGAGAACAAACAUAUAGGUGUAAAGGGUAGACUUGAUAAUUUAACAGUUAAAGAAAAGGAGAAAAAGAAUUUUCAAGCAACUGGGGUAGGUCAAGUUCAGCAAAACUUUGAAGAAUCCAUGGGCAACAACAGCAAUGAUGUUGAUAUUGGGGAAAAGGAUGGAGAAUGUAAAGCCACUAGAUACAGUGUGUGGAAUUUUGAGGAGAUAAAGUUCCCUGAUAUAAGUGAUAUUGACAGUUUUGCUGAUCUUCAGCUGGAGGAAAUUCCACAGAGAUAUCUACCAGAAGGAAUCCCUCCAUUAUCUAGGGUUAAGGUUGAUGUAGAACAAUUCUUCAAGCAGAGAACACAAUCACAGAAAUUUCAAAAUUCCAAAGUAAAAUAUGGACAGGAUCUUGAUUUUUUUGACUUGACUUUUUCCUGUGAUGUGGUUCAACCUGUCAAAAAAGUAUCGGCCUCUAACUGGAGAGAGUACAAGGAGAAAAUGCUGGAAACUGUGAAGGGAGAGAACUUCAUUUCUCCAGUGGAACAUCUCUGGAUGGACGAAGUUACCCCCCUUGUAAGACCAGGAGAUGCUAAAAACACAAUUUCAGUAUUGGAAAAGCUCAAAGUGAUUCAAACAUGGGAUAAUAAAUCAGUUUCUUCAAACAACACUGCAGCAAAACCAGAAAUUCCAAAGGUCUCAUAUGAUGUAUACAAGCCUGAUGCAAAGUUUAGGAAGUCUAAUCCAGGAGUACCUGAUCACAGAAUCUGUGUUGUGGGAAGUGAUGAAGACCCUCCAUCCUUGUCCACUUUGACCUCCAUCUUUAGUUACUAUGAUGAUGAGGUUCCGCUUCACUGGGCAGUUGUAGAUGAAGGAGAAAUUGCAUUUUACUCUUUUAGCCAAAUUUCCCUUCCAACACAAGUCUUCAUGGGCUAAAUUGACCUGUUAUAUCUU